CGCGGUCACAUCACAGUAUUUCAGCAACACCUGCAUUGACAUAGCGCCUCCGCGGUCACAUCACAGUAUUUCAGCCCAGUUUACACUGUAACGUUGAGGUUUGCACUCGUAUUGGAGUAGGGUUUGAAUAAUGUUGUGCCUCAGGUUGUUUAAAGAAGUAACAAUCCUGGGCUGAGUUCAUCGAAGUGUGGAGUACAAAAGAUAGAAAAUUCUGCUAGACCUUUACUAAUUGCUGUGUCAUUGAACCUGCAUUUGCCAAUGGUUCUAGCAGGCUCUUGGAGCUAAAUUCGAUGCUCAAGACCUCCUGUUGUUGGUACAACUAGUAUUCACUGAGAAAAACAACAUUGGAAGGACCACAGAGAGGCCACCAGCCUGCGCUGCAUUACACAUUAACUAUGUGUCCCCUGAACCUGACUUUUAGUGCCUGUGGAUUUUUGGGAAUUUACCACUUGGGAGCAGCAGUUGCUCUUCACAGACAUGGGAACAAGUUACUCAGUAAAAUACAGAACUACACAGGAGCCUCUGGGGGAGCUUUAGUUGCUGCUGUUCUGCUAUCGCAACCUGAAACACUGGAGCAAUGCAAGGAAUUUGCUUAUGGAUUUGCAGCUGAUGUCCGGCAACAGAAAUUUGGAGCAUUAACACCAGGUUACAACUUUAUGAAGCAGUUGAGGGAGGGGAUGGAGUCAAUUCUUUCUGCUGAUGCCCAUAAGAAAGCCCAUGAGAGACUCCACGUGUCGAUCACAAAUGUUAAGACGCUGAAAAAUUGUUUGAUCUCCUCGUUUCCGACCAGAGAGGACCUCAUAACGGUUCUUCUUGCCAGUAGCUUUGUGCCAUUCUAUGCUGGGAUUAAGGCAGUGGAGUAUAGAGGUGAAAUGUGGAUUGAUGGUGGAUUAACAAACAGACUUCCAAUUUUAUCCACUGGACAGACCGUGACUGUUUCCCCUUUCAGUGGGAAAUUGGAUAUCUGCCCUCAAGACAGGUCCCAAAGCAAUCUAUAUGUCAUGAUUGCUAAGCAAGAGUUUAUCUUGUCCGUUGCAAAUUUUGUGAGGCUCAGACAGGCACUGUUUCCACCAGGGCAAGCCACGAUGGAGUCCCUGUAUCACAAAGGAUUCAGCGACACUUUGAGGUUUCUACAGAGUAAAAACAAUUUCCAACCGUUGUCUUAAUGUCACCUGUCUGAAUGCUGCGUUGUAAAUCGAUAAAAGUAUGAUAUUAAGAAUGA